CUGGUUACUUGGCCUAUUAACUUGUUGUUUCAAAAAACAGAGCCAUUAGGGGAUUUUGUUUUUUUUCCUUUACAACGUGGAUAUUUACAGACAUCACAGUAAUGGAUGUGUCGGAUAUAUUUUAACAAUAAUAAUUUACUUUUUACAAAGCAUGAUCAUUUCUGGAAAUAUGUACACUAUCCUGAAACCAUUGAUUCUGGUAUUAAAAAAGACCGAGUGGAUUGUGUUACGCUUUCUAACUCGAUAAUUAUGAUCACGCCUAGUGAACCUCAUCAACACAGUACAAAUGUGAAUGUAUACCCAUCAUCUGUUUCAGCGAAUUUAUAUCUUUCCCCUGGAAAAAUGGCUACUAUUGCUGCUUCACAAUCUCAUUGUACUAGACCAUCGUCUGUUCCUAGUUGUUAUGCACACAGAGAAGGAUAUAAUGUUGUCUCAGCGAAGAGUCAUUUAUCUCCUGUGAAUACUACUCCUACUACUACUACUAAUAAUAAUAAUAACGAUAAUCAUCUAUCACCAUAUUUUAAAACCAGUCCAGUUUAUCAGUUGCCUUCAUCACCAGUUACCGGUACAUGUAAUGAAUAUUAUUCAUCAGAUUUAAAAGAUUUAUCGAAAAAUAAUGAAGGUUUUGUAAGAGAAGAGGUUUCUGUUAGUUCACCUACUCAGUCAAUUGCUCCGGACUCAGGCAGAGAAGGAAAUAAACCUUCUCCAUUGUAUCAAAUAUCUCCUCAGCCACAUAAUUCAUCAUCAUCGUCAUCUGUGAGUAUCACUGACACCUCGUCGUCGUCGUCGUCAUCAGUAUCAUCAGCAGCAUCAUUGUCAACUACAUCAAUGGCAUUAAUUGAAAGUAAACAGCAUAAUUCAGUGAUAGAAUAUAAUAAUGAUAAUAAAAAAUCAUCUACGGAUUUUUCACUUUUGAUUGAUUUUCCACGAUUAUGUACAAAAUCUGAUGGUGGUUUUUAUCUUAAUUUACCAAAAGAUGUUAUUUUACCUGAGAUUAAUAAUAAUAAUAAUAAUAAUAAUAAACGACAAGAUAACUGGAAUCAUCAUGAACACCUAAUGGAUGUGAUUAUUAUAAUUGUCAAUAGAAAAGGACAAGUAUUACACUAUGAAAGACAUUUUUCAAGUCAACACAAUUUAUGCUUGAAUGAUGAUAAUCAUGAUCAAUUACAUAAUUGGCGGAGUAAAAUUCAUGAUCUUGAUACACCUAUUUGGGAGAAACAUUCAUCGAAAAUUUUCAAUGAAGCAUCACGAUGGUGUCGAGCACAAAAUGCUUUAAUCAAAUUAGACAAUGAGAAUGUUGUACCAACACCAACGCCAAUGUCAACACCUACUCCAACCUCGGAUAGUGUUGUUAACAACAACAAUAAUGAUGAUGAUGAUAUUGAUAGUUUUGAUGCUGAUGCUAAUGCUGACAAUGAUGAUGUUAUUGUUGUUGGUGAACAGAUUUCAUCGAACAAUUCGAAUUCAAUCAUAUCUUCUAAAAAUCAUCAUAUUAAACGUCACUUAGUUGAUUGUCCUGUAUAUCGAUUAAAAUUCGAUCAAAAAUGGUACUAUGUGCAUACAUUCAGUUUACCUGUAUGGUAUAAUACUACUACUAAUAAUAAUAAUAAUUUGAAUACAAAUUUAAAAUCAUCAAUUUAUGAACCAUUAGUUGUUCAUUAUCACAAUCUACUCCGUGAAUGUGAUCCAAAUGGUGGUGGUGAGUUGACACGUUGUUCAUCAAGUGCUGCAACAACGCGUACUGCUUGUCUUAAAAAGCCUACUAUAACUGAAUCCAAACUGUCAACACUAUCCAACUGUCAUAGUCUGCUGCACACAGCUAAUACUACUACUGUUCCUAAGCACACAUGUAAAUCUUUAAAAUCUCUGUCUGUAUCGAAUACUGAUGAUAACAGUCGGAUUAUUAUUGAAGUAUCCAGUAGUAGUGGCGGUGGUGGGGGUGGUAAUGUAUGUCCACAUAUGAAUUCACCGGAUUCCUCCUCCUCCUCCUCCUCCUGCUCAUCAUCAUCAUUAUCAUCGUCUACAACACGUGGUGGUGGUGGUGGUGGUAGAACAUUGAUAUUCAAUUCUAGUCCCACAUCAACGUCAUCAUCGUCGUUGUCAUCUCAUAUUCUACCACAUCAUCAUCAUGUUCAUUUUACACAUCAUCAUCAUCAUCCUAUGGCGGCAGCGGCGGCGGCUGGUGGUGGUGCUUCCUCUUCGUCUUCUGGUCAUCAAAUACAUGAUGAGAUAUCAAUCAUUAAUAAUAAUAAUAACAAUAAUAAUAAUAAUAAUAAUAAUGCAUUACCUCUUCAUCAUCAACACUUACAUCAUCAUCACCAUCAUUAUGUUCGACAUCAUUCUGCAUCAUCGUCUAUUGAUGAAGAUGAUGAUGAUGAGGAUGUUGACGACGACCCAACAAUUCAUUCACAUGAUCCCCAUCAUUUACAUCAUCAAAAUUCUAUAAUGGAAAAACCUUCUUGUCUAAUAUUGGAUGAUACUGCUGCUUCUGCCACUACUAUCACCAAUCAUCAAAGUCAGGAACAAAGAAAGAUCAAUGUUGUCAUAGAUGCUACUGGAUGGGACAGUAAUAAUAACAAUAAUAAUAAUAAAGAUUCAUUGACUUGUCCCUCUGCUGUUAAUCCUCCUCAGUGUUCAACACAUUUAGAUCCAAAUCAUCAUCAUCGUCAUCAUCAUCAUCACCAUCAUCAUCAUCAUCCGCUUAUUCAUCAUACUAAUCCACAUUCACAUAAUAUUUAUCAUCCUUAUUGUCGGCAUAAUGAUAAAUCAACAAUUACAGAAUUUGUACCUACAGCAGCGUCAACAGCAUCAGCGUCGUCAUUAUCACCGUUGUCUGUAAAGUCUGGAUCACCUGUCAACAAUAAUAUUACAAUGAGUGCUGCCUCAUCGUCUAGUAACAAUUCAACACUGUUGAGAAGUAGUAGUAGUGAAUCAGAUGGUACACGUGUUGAGUCGACUACUGAGUCAUCAAUUUCUGAUAAUAAGAAGCAUCAUUCAUUUGAUAAGUGUCAUUACAAUAAUGAUGAUGGUGACAGUAAUAACAAUAACAAUAAUCAUACUACUAAUAAUGCCAAUACAAAUCUAGUUGUCGGUGAAUCCAGUUCUCAUUCCUGUGGAUUAUCUCAAAUUAAUGCAAAUAAUAAUUCUUGCCGAGAGAACGUCGUUAUUCACAAAAAUCCCACAUUGGAAAGUCUGCAUGGAUCUUCGUCAAGUGAUACCAUGAAUCGUGGAGAUGGUGGUGGUGGUUUACAGCAAAGACCGCUUAAUAAAGAUCAAUAUGAUAGACGUGAGUCAGAUGAUAAAAUUCUAAUGCUACAGCAUCUUCUGCCUCCUGAAGCAAUACAAGAGAUUCGUCAAAUAUGGCAAGAGAUGAAUGCACAUAACAACAAUAAAUCAGACACUGACGUUCCAAUGACUUCUUCAAAAUCAUCAUCAUCAUCAUCAAAUCAAUUGACAAAUGCUGGUGCUGGUGCUGCUUCUGUUUUUGGCGGCGGCGGUGGUGGUGGUGGUGCAAGUCCUAAUCAUCAUCAUAAUUCAUUAAAUCUACGUGAACAUUUUGCUCGUCGUGUACGACAAGUGGUUAGACAGUAUCUUGGGCCUAAAGCAUUUGUUGCAGACAAUUUAAGUGAAACCGAUUCAUCCUGUAUGAAGACAACAAAAACUGCUGCUGCUGCUGGUGGUGGUGGUGGUGGUGAUAAUAAGAGUCAACAACCGUUGACAUUUUUAUCUAAUAAUGAAUUACAUCAAGAACGUCGAACGACAAGUCCUGUAGUCAUUGACGGUAGGGAUAAUAAUAGUAAUAAUCUAACUUCGGUUGCCUCAGUCACUUCUUCCUCGACGCCAACGCCUACGAUAGCUACUUUAUCUUCGCGUAUAUCGACUGCAUUGUGCAGUAGUAGUAUUAAUCCUAACAAUAAUAAUAACAACAACAACACAACAUCCCCUGGGAUUCUUUCAUCACCAUCGUCAACAAUGUCAUCAUUAUCACAGUCAAAAUGGAAUCAAAACAGUCCUACAGACAGUGGUGGUACUGGUAGUUCAAAUAUCGCCAGUGGUACAAUACAAAUAGCAUCAUCUACUGUUAUUUCUCCUAAUACUACAACAACACCAACAACAACAGCUGCUAUUACUACAAUGAAUGAUGUCCCUAUGAUUGAAAAAUUAUCGCCGCCUUGUUCACGUGUAAACAAAUUAUCUCCUCUGUCUGCACGUACAAAUAAAAUAACAGAAGAAGAAAAACAAUCCUUAGCAAACCCGAAUCAUUUCAAUGAGACAUCAUAUAAUCCUAAUACUACUACUAAUAAUAGUAGUAAUAAUGAAUCUAUUGAUAAUUGUGAUUUAUCCAAACUAUCGAAUUCAUCACAAUGUUGUAUGCUUGAAUGGUUAUUAUCUGAAGAGGCUGAUCUGUGCAUUUUACCACCGUCAUUGUGUCAAUCGAAAGAUGCUGAUAAACUACAACAACAACAACAACAAACAUCUUCUGGAAUCUCUCCAUUACCUUCAUCAGUUUACAAUUCGUCGAUUUCACCAUUGAAUAGUGCUGGCUGGUGUACAACAACAGGAAUAAUAACUCUGUCGACGGCAACACCAACGCCGACAGAGAUUACCUGUAGUCCAAGUGGAUCUACAUCAAGUCAUACAAAAAUCAAUACUACUGCUACUACUACUACAACUGAUGUACAACAAUUGAAUCGUCAAUUAUCAGUGAAUAAUGCUGCUAAUAAUUCAUCAUUAAUUACAACAGCUACAAUUACCACUAAUAAUAAUAAUAAUAAUAAUAAUACAGUUGUUAAUACUACUUGUAGUAGUGCUACAACUCUUACUCCUCCUUCUACUACUAAUCUGUUGUCUAAUUCAACAGUAAAUCCAACCUUUAAUGAAAUACGACGUUCUUCUCCUCAACCAAGAAGUGAAAGUCUAUUGGUGCGUUUACUACAUCCAACAAAAAAUCAUUCAGUUGGCCAUUCAGAUACAACCACUACUGCUUCUGCUUCUGCUACCACUACCACCAUCCAUGAUGGAACUUCACCAAAAUUAGUCUGUUCAACAGUAUUGCCUCGGCCUGUUAUGACAGAUAUGCCAGAUUGCAACUCGUCGUCGUUAAACAACAACCCUGCUACUGUAAACGAGACAAGACAAUCAAACAAUCGGAAAUCAGAUUGUCGACUUAUCACUGCAUCACUUGACAAUUUAUACGAUACACCAUUGGUAGUGAGUACUAGUAAACGAUGUCGUAGUGGUCCAGCGACCACUCAGUCUAUUCCUCCUUCUUCUUCUUCCUCUUUUUCAUUAUCAUCAUCGUCAUCGACAUCCUUCCCAUCAACUAGUUCAUCACAUAUCUCUCCUGGGAACAAGAGAACUCGACAUGCUUCACAAUUUGAAGAGAUGCCUAAUUCAAGAAAAAAUACUGCGAUAAACGACUGUAAAAGUAACAAUAAUAAUAAUAAUAAUAAUAAUAAUAAUAAUUCUGAUGUAAUACCUAGUCCACCGUUUACAUCAUUAACACAACUUCUGAUGCAAGAUUUCCCAUCAAUCACAGACAUUAUGUCCAGUUCACCGGUAUCACUUGGUUCACCCAAGUAUACAACACCUGCUUCUUAUGGACAGAAUGAUUAUGCUAAAAUGAUGAGACCAUUUUCACAAGAAUCAAUGUAUGAUACUACUAAUACGACCACUACUAAUACAACUACUACUACUGCUACAACGCCUACUACUAUGCUGUGUAAUUCAUCAUCGUUUGACAAUAAAGCGAUAACAUUUCUUCACACUGAUUCAUCAUCUUCUAUUGAGAAAUAUUCAAAUAAUCCAGAUUAUGAAUACAGUGAAAAGUCACAACCAAUCUCUUCAUGGUCUUCGUCUACUUGUGAAAGUAAAGAUAAAUAUCCAUCACACACGAUGACGAUGAUGAUGAUAGACAAACCAAUACCACCGUUGACUGUUGCUCCUACUCCUACCCCUACUACUACUUCUUCUCCUACCUCCAAAAGUUCACUUCAUGCACAGUCUAGUCUCUGUCGACUAUUACUUGAUGCUCAAUUAGGACCAGAGGAAAUAUCUGAUGCUGUUGCCAGUGUUCAAAGUUCUGAACAAAAUUUUGCAUCAAUUAUCCGAAAUGAUAUGGCGUUCAACAGUUCCCUAUUGACGGAUAAUAGUCAUUCAUUUGAAGAAUUAUCUACAGGUAGUAAUAAUAAUAAUAAUAAUAGUAGUAGUAGUAUCGAUCCUAUGCAUAAUUAUCAGUCAGCAACAUCUCUACUAUCAUCAUCAAAUUAUUCUAUACCUCCAGCUGAAUGGAAUGAUAAUCAACUUGAACAAUUAAUUCUUGAGGCUAAAACUAAUUCUAAUCCUGGUAAUCUAUUAUUAUUAGAAGGAGAAGAUAGAUUAUCUUCGAAUACUACUACUACUGCUACUAUGGAUAAUAAUAAUAAUAAUAACAGUGAUAAUAAUAAUACAUCUUCACGUUCAGAACGACAUCCGUCUACUUCAUCAAAAGUGAUCGCUGAAGAAGUGGAAAUGUUAUUCGAAGUAAUACAAGAAAAUGAAUUAGAAGCAAAUAAUCAUUCAUCACAUACAAUCACUGGUUGUGGUGGUGGUGGUGACACUGGAAACUGUACGUCGUAUAUGAGUGAAUCACCGUGUUCAAAACGCUCACGAUUCUCAUCAUCCACAUCAAUAUCUGAACAUCAAACAGAAAUGAUUGGCGGUUGCGGUGGUGAUAUUGGAACUGGAAAUAUUAUUGAUGGUGAUAAUGCUGCUGCUUAUCGAAAUGAAAUUAAUUGGCAAAAUGAUGCGAAAGCUGUUGCACGUAUCUGUGAACAACUUCAACAAGGUUUAGUUUCUAAUAACAAUACUAAUCACAAUACUAUGACUACAUCAGAAUUGUCAGGAUAUUCUAGUAACAAUACCAUUAUAAACAAUUCUUCGUCUACCUCUGCUACUGUUGCUGCCGCCGCUUCUGCUGAUGCUCUGUCGGAAUAUUGUUCGAUAUCACGGAAUAAUAAUAAUAUGAAAAUGUCAUCGAAACACGGACUUGCUGAAAUGUCAACCCCAUUACUGGUGACUACACGUACAACUUGGUCAAGUUUUCCACCUCAAACAACUAGUACAGUUCAACGAAGAUUUAGCGGUGGCUCCACUGGUGGUGUCAAUAAAGCUGCUGUAGCAGCUGCUUUAGCCAGUCAACAAGCAGCAGCAAGUCAGAGGAAUCAAUUGACAAAUCAACGUCUAUUAGCUGAACAACGUAAACGUCUUAUACAACAUCAAUUAUAUAAUCAAGUAGCUGUAUACUCAUUGAAUUCACCAUCAAAUAAUAAUAAUCCAACUUAUGAAGGUGGUGGUAACAUUGAUCCGUAUCAUCAGGGAAAUACCUUCAUAUUGAAUGAAAAUAUCCCCUAUGGAAUUGAAAGUAUACCGGUGAUUGUUACUGGUGUCCCUGUGGCUUCGAAUACAACAAUAACGAAUAUUACUAGUGCUACUGUUACUCCUCCACUGUCUUAUGUUAUACCUAGUCAUAAAUCAAUAACAACAACAAGAAGAAGAUCAUUGUGUUUAGAUGGAGGAGGCGGAGGCGGAGGCGGAGGACAGAAUUUCAACUCAGGUGUAUUAAGCUUAAAUGCGACAACAGUGCAUUCCUCUAAUUCAGCGUCAAUUAGUACAGCAUCAAAACUAUCUGGUUUCUAUCAUCCAAAUCAUCGUCCAGAAGAUUUAUCACGAUGUUUAAAAGAAGUUGGUCCCAAUGUUCGCGUUGAAUUAUCAUGCAAGAUUCCUGUUAAUGAGAAUCAACAUUCAAGUAAUGUGAAUAAAAUUCCUUAUGUUCAUUCAACAACGAACAUCAAUAAUAAUAAUACUAAUAAUAAUUGUACUAUCGGUAGUGGUAAUACAACGAAAAUGCUACAACAAUCCUCUAAAUUCUUGCAACAACAACAACACCAACACAGUAAUAAUAAUAAUCUCAAUUCAUCAAGUAAAAUGCAUCCACCUACAUCAGUGUAUCCUACACCAUCGACAGUUGUUGUUCUUGUACCGUCUGCUCCUGGUGCGGCUGCUGGUUCCACUAUAAACAGUUUAAGAAUAACAUCAAGAAAUCAAAUAUUACCUGAAAAUCAACAACAUUUAUCAAUUGUGGAUAAUAGCCGUUUAGUUAAAGCUGAACUACGACAAGCAUUGGUCGGUCGACAAGUUGUCUAUCAGAAUAGCAUCAACAAUAACAGCAAUACCAAUACCAACACCACCAAUAAUAAUAAUAAUAAUGUUAUUGAUAAUAAUCACAGGGGAUUUCAAUGCUCUCAGGUAUUACCUUCUAAUCAAUUAUUCACUGAUUCUAUUCCUCAUUCAAUGAUGAAUAUGUAUCAUACUACUACUACUACUACUACUCCUACUCCUACUAGUACUAGUUAUACUUCUUCAUCAAUAAUUGGAAUUGAUCAAUUUUCUAAUUCAGGUGUAUUGCCUUGUUCUACUGCUACUACGACGAUGACGACGACAAUAAAUCGUACACCGACGCCUACUACUACUACUACUGUUACUCGUGGAGUUAUCUCAUCAACAACUAUGCGAGGAUAUGAUCAUCAUAAUCAUAAUCAUCAAAUUGUAUGCGGUGUACAAAAUUCCAUGAGCAAUGUUCAUAAUAAUAAUAAUAAUAACAAUAAUUGUCAACAAUGGUCACCUACUGUAUUACCUCAAUCUGUUUAUAUUCGUCAGGGUUCUUUAAAUUUAGAUAUUAAUACUAAUAGUAAUAGUAAUAAUAGCAAUAAUAAUAACAAUAUAUCCACCUCAUAUAAUGUUUAUCCUUCUCAGUCAAUUCACCUAAUUCAUGAUGAUAAUGGUGGAGGUUAUACUUCUCAGGGUUUUUCUACUAUUGAUAAACACCACCAUCAGCAUCAUCAUCACCACCAACACCACCACCACCAACAACAACAACAGCAACAGCACAAUGAAGAGAAGAGCACAAUAGAUCCAUUCGAUUUUCUUAAUUACCAUAAUAAUAAUACUAAUAAUAAUAAUUCAUCAUAUUUCAAUAAUACAUUCAACUAUCCAAAUGUUCAUCCAUUGACACCGUCUAGUUUAUCACCGAUCAGUGUAUCAGCGAAUACAUCACCGUGUUCUAGUACAACAUCACAAACAGCUUUAUUGAAAUCACCAAUUUGUCAACCUGGAAGCGGAGGUGGUGGGGGAGGAGAAUUUCUACACACCUCUGAAUCAUCCUCUUUCAUAGUGAAUAAUCAUCUUAACAAUAAUAAUUAUUAUUAUUAUGAAUCGAAUCCCCUUGCUGUAUCAUUCGAUACGGCCGCCACCGCCACCACAACCACAACCAUCUCCUCCUCCUCCUAUUUGUCUAAUAAUCAUUCAAAUUAUACACCCCCUCCUCCCCCGCCUCCUUCUACUACUACUACUACACCUGUUGUGGCUAAAAGUUUAUCAUUAUCAUCAUCAUUAUCAGUUGCUGCUUCAACAAAUUCAACACUGGCGUAUAGUUUGACUACGGACCCAUUAGAUUUCCCCUUGUCAACAUCGUUAGGAGUUGUUAAUCAUCAUUUGGAAACAAUGCUACAAUCAGAUUUCAUACAUCAUGAUCAACAACAACAACAACAACAGGAAGAGAAUUUAUUACCAGAUGAUCUGAUCAAUGAUGUAUUUGAUCUUGAAAUUAUGAUUGCAGCUAAACAUCAACAACAACAUCAACGACACCACCACGAUCAGCAGCAACAGCAACAAAAUCAAACUCCUUUCACUUCAUCAAGUGAUGAAUUCGAUUUUUUAACUAAUGCCACAUUAGAAGAAGGUGACAAUAGACAUCUGCAUCAUCAUUGUCAUUCACCAAGUCUAAUCACAACCACGACCACCAUCAACAGCAACAGCAACAACACAUUCAAGGUGUCAUUAUCCCCUGAUACUACAACUAGUAGUAGUACUGCUGCUCCUACCACUGGAACACUGUCGAAUUCUCUGUGUACUGUAACAAGAUGAUGACGGCGAUGAUUGUGGUGAUGAUGAUGAGUUGCUAUGCUUCAUAAUUUGUAUCACUUACUUAAUGAUGAAUGCAUUGUCGUCUCCAUUCUCUCUCCUCCUUUGUCUCUAUUGUUAUCUACUUUUUGGUUGAUAUUUCAAAAUAAUCAAUUAUUAUUAUUCUUAUUAUUAUCAUUAUUUUUUUAUUUGUAUGCAUUAAUUUUCAUUAAAUUAUUCUAUAUAAAGAAACUGUUGUCAUUCAGUUAUCAUUAUUAUUAUUAUUAAUGUUAAUAUUUAAUUGUUUAAUAUUUAUUGUAGAAUAAAGUUACACAAUAUUGACAACAUACACACACACUUACAUGCACGCACAGACACACACACAUGCAUAUAUAUAUGCUACACUUUGGUGAAGCGGUUGGUAUCAUUUCCAAGAAAUAUACUUCUUCUCUUGUUCUUCUCACGCUCCCAUCCAUGCAUCUCCCGCCUCCUAGCCUAUCGCUUCACUCUUUUCCUCUCCUUCAGUCUACAAAUAAACAAGACUAAAUAAUAAGCACGGCGACGUUGACAACAACAAGAAGAACAACAACAACAGUAAUCAAUCCUAAUUUAUUCUUUUGUUUGCAUAUAUUUUUCUUUGUUUUGUUUUUUUCUGUUUGUCUGAAAGAAAACAAGUUGUUGUUGUUAUUGUGAUUGUGACUGUUUGUUUGUUUGUUUUUCUCUCUCUCUCUCUCUCUGAACCCUAUUUUAUUUAUAAGAGAUAGUGAUUUCUAUUAUUUUAACAGUUUUCCACUCAUGAUUGAUGAUAAUGACAGAGAAGGACGAAGUAAGUGGGCAGAAAGAUGUUUCCGCAACUCUGUUCCUUAAAUAUCUCCACACUCCUCAACCACGUCUCCUCUUCAUUAUCUAUGUAUGCUACUAUUACUACCACUACUACUGCUACUACUGCUACGAUUACACUUUUCAAAGACGACAACUUAAUCGAGAUCAUUAAUAAUUAGUAGUGCGAAUUAUUUGUCUAUUCAUCAAUUGCAGUUUUAUUCUGAUCGCUGUCAGGUGAUGUAUUUAUUAUAUAUACGCAUAUAUAUAUAUGGCGUCUAUUGUUUUUUUAUCUAUUAUUUUACACACUCUUUUAUCUUCUUCUGUGUCAGUUGUUUUGUGCGGUUGCUGCAGUCAAGUUGCCUUAAGAUAUUUUUUAAAUCUCUCUCUCUCUUUUUUCUUGUUGUUGUUGUUGUCGUGUGUUCCCCCCUCUCCCUCUCUCUGUCUCCUUCUCUGAGUGUGUGUGAGUGAGUGAGUGCGUGCGUGCGUGCUGGGAUGUCUAUUUGUCUACGCAUACACCGUGCGUGUGUGUGUGUGUGUCUGCGUGUCGGUGUACCAUGCGCCCCUCCCUCCUUCUCCUCCUCCUCCUUGUCGCAUACACAUUACACACACACACACAAGUACACUAUCAGGACAUAUUUUUUACUACUAGUACAACUUCUAUUGUCACUAUUGUUAUUGCUAUUGCUAUUAUUAUUAUUAUUAUUACUUCUAAUGGUUAAUUAUUGUACAAUUGUAUCGUGAACACAGGGGUAUAUUUUGAUAAAAAUUUAGACUAUUUCAUAUGAUUAUUAUUAUUAUUGUUAUAACUAUUAUUUAUUACUGUUAUCAUGAUUACUAUAUUCCUUUUUUUGUUUUGCCUAUCAGUGUGUUUUAUUUCUUCUCCUCCUUUUUGUUCAUUCAUAAGUGGGGUAUUUUUAUUGCUUUUUUAUCUAAUUCAGUAAUCCAGGUGUGUAUUGUAUUCAUUCUCUCUUUCACUGCUCCCUCCACCAUCCCAUUUCACACACACACACGCACGUGCGCGUAUAUAUACACACAUGUGUGAAGUUCCCCCUCCCUCCCCCGUAAUCCCUGUGUCUGUUGUCCACCAUCACCUACGUCUGUUAAUCUCAGUAUGCGUUUCUGUGUGUGUAUGUGUGCGUGCAUGAAGCCGGGGGGGGGGGUUAAGGUUCUGUUGAAAAGUUUCAAUUUGACAACCAGGUAGGCCGUUGUAUUCUUCUGUAUAAUUUUUUCGCUUUAUUUUCUUUGUUUUACGACUAGUAAAACAUUAGCAUUAGUAGUAGUAGUAGUAGUUUGAGAUGACUACCUUUCAGUGUUUGUGUUGAGCAAGACUUUGUUUUAUGAUUAUUAUUAUUAUUGUUAUUAUUAUUUAUUACGCACUUUAUACCUACUUAUAUGCACAUAUUCUUGGUGCUAUUAUUAUUAUUAUUACUAUUAUUAGAAUUGUUAGUCCUCUCUUUUGCUUUAUCUAACUAACUAUAAUCCUCCAUUACUGGUUGGCUGGCUAGCAGCAGCAGCAGCUGGCCUCGGCGGUGGCGGUUAUUCACAUUGUGAAAAAAAUAUAAUAAUAAUUUUCGACUUCAGGUAAUUGUAAAUUUUAAAUCCUUUCUUGUUAUUAGCAAUUAUUAUUACUAUUGCUAUUAUUAUUAUUUGUUUUGCUAAAGUCAACUUUGUUAUACUCUACAACAGGUAUUAGCAGUUAUUACUACGUCUACUGCCAUCAACACGAUUAUUGUCUAUUGUUUCCUAAUAAUUUAAGCAAUUUAAGCGUUUUUUAUUCUAUACAUAUAAUCUAAAUGAAUUUUGCUAUCCCCUAUCUCUUACCAAUAUAUAAUAUAAUGAUAAGUUUGGUAUUCGGUUUCUUUGCCUAUUAUUAUUAUUAUUAUUAUUAUUACUGUCGAGAAGAAGUUGUCUCCCCCCUCGUCUCUCUCUCUUUCUCUCUCUCUCUCUCGCAUUCUGUGUCUUUUCCAUUAUUUGCUGUUGUUGCUAAUCCCCGGUAUAUAUAUAGAGAUAAAUAGAUCGAUAGAUGUAUAUUUUUUAUUUUCUUCUUCCUCUUCUUCUGCUCAGGUUUAAUCAAAUUUCUACCUAUUUUACUUGUGUGUUACUGUGUGUGUGUGUGCGUGCAUCCUUGUACAUCCUUCUUUUUUGGUUGCCUUCAUUUCUUUAUUCUCCACCCUACACACCUACCUAAAUCUCUCUGUGUCUCUGUCGCUUGGAUCACUUUUGCUGAUGCUGAUGAUGGUGAUGAUGAUGCAGAUGCAGAUGCAAUUCUCUCGUUUUCAUAUUCUCUUUCCCUCCGAUCUCGUCGCUUCAUUUCCAUUAUUGAUUUUCUUUCACUCUUGUUAUUUUUUUCGUUAUAUUAUAAGUUAUUAUUGUUAUUUUUGCUAUUGCUGUAAUAUAGUUACGUAAUUAUCUACUACAAGAUAGACAAUCACCAACUACCGGUAUUAACUGUCACGCCGACAACGACGAUGACGGCUACAGUGAUGAUGACCACAACCACCACCACCACCUGCCUAUUGUUAUCAUCAUGGUCAUUUGCUUCCUUUUCUCCUCCUCACCGUCUACCGCGCUCUUUGUGUGUAUAUCCUCUUCUUCUUCGUCUUCCUACUCAUCUUGUUGUUCUUCUCUCCGUGAUUUGUGCAUUCACAAGGGGAUAGUAGACGUCAAAACGGAUUAAUUUGAUAUUCGUAACUAGGUGUGGACAUCAAUCAAUGUAAGGCGUGCAAGUGAAGUGAGAGAUGAUGAUGAUAUGUACGAGAAAGGUACGAUGGAAUUUCGUGGUUCUUCACUCACUCACUCAUUCUCUUUCUCUCUCUUUCUCUUUGUCCUUUAUUUCCCAUGAUGAAAAAGAUUUUAUCACACAAUUGAAAAACAAACAAACAUUAUUUUAUGUCAUUUUGCGUGUGUUUGCGUGAGAGUAUCAUUUAAAAGUGCGUACAUGCAUGUGUACUCAUACAUUAAAACAAAAAUAUUAUUAUUAUUAUUUGCUUAUUGAUUAAAUUGAUUGAUCUAUAAUCAAAUAUCAUACACAUCCAUUUUUAUCUAUUUUUUCAUUGCAAUUGUUUGUUUGUCCUUCCUUAUAUUGACUUACUUGACUUGACUUCUUAUCUCAUAGAUAAAUUCGUUGCUCGAACUCGUUAUUCAUCUAUCUCGUCAUUCGUGUAGUCCUUGUCACCGCCUGUCCCCCCCCCCCCCACACACACACUCGUUUUCCUCCUAUUGACUCUGAAUAACUACCGUUGCUUACUUCUACUAUUAUCGUUAUUAUCAUUAUUAUUAUUAUUAUUACUACUA